CCACAGAAGGGCCCCAGGAGAAUGCAAGGUGGGGGGGCUGCCCUGGGUCAGUACAGCACAGCAGGAUCCCCACUGAGGGCUGCUCACCUGCCCUGGGGACUCAGACCACACAUGACCUGCCCUACUGGACCGCAGGCAGGCACCUCCCCAGGAAGCCCCAGGAUCCCAGAGAUACACGGGAUACGCUGAGCCCCUGAUGUUCCUACCUCUCACCAGCACCCUCCGUCACCACAGAAGCAGCCGACAUGCCGGUCACCAAGUGUCCAAGAAAAUCAGAGCCCCUGUGGAAAGGGUGGGACUGGAAAGCCCAGAAGAACGGGCUGAGGCACCAAGUAUAUGCUGUGAAUGGCGACCACUAUGUGGGCGAAUGGAAGGACAACUUAAAACAUGGGAAAGGAACACAGGUCUGGAAGAAGAGUGGCGCUAUCUAUGAAGGGGACUGGAAGUUUGGGAAGCGAGAUGGCUAUGGCACCCUCAGCAGUCCUGACCCAGAGACGGGGAAGUACAGGAGGGUGUACUCGGGCUGGUGGAAAGGCGAUAAGAAGUCGGGCUAUGGGAUCCAGUUUUUCGGAUCCAAGGACUAUUACGAGGGUGAGUGGUGUGGCAACCAGCGCAGCGGGUGGGGACGCAUGUACUACCCCGAUGGCAACAUCUACGAGGGCCAGUGGCAGAAGGACAAGCCUGAAGGGGAGGGCAUGUUGCGGCUGAAGAAUGGAAACCGGUACGAGGGCAGCUGGGAGAGAGGCAUGAAGAACGGGCAUGGGCGUUUCUUUCACCUGGACCGUGGGCAGCUGUUUGAAGGCUUCUGGGUGGACGACGUGGCCAAGUGUGGCACCAUGAUUGACUUUGGCCGUGAUGAGGCCCCGAAGCCCACCCAGUUCCCCAUCCCUAAGGUGGAGGUUCAAGACCCAGAUGGUGUGCUGAGGGAAGCCAUAGCUGCUCUGAUGAACCCAGAGGAAGAAGAUACCUGA